CGCUGGGCCGGGGGGCCGGGCUCAAACCGUUGAGCGCAGCGAGCGGAGCGGCGGGCUGCAGCAGCGGGAGGCGCCGCGUCUCUUCUGCUCCACGUCCCUUCUGCUCCGCAGCCGCUAGGAAGGGAAGGGUUGGCUUUUGGGCUGAAUUCUGACUAAAAGUCAACCUUUCUGAGGUGUUUUUUCGCCUCAAUUGUUGCCGUUGAGGGGGAAAAAAAGCACAAAACCUGCCCGGCGCAGCUCCUUGCCUCCUCCUCAAGAGCAUCUCCCAAGCCUCGCCUCAGCCAUGGUGAUGUUCAAGAAAGUGAAGACCUUCCUCGUGGCCUUCAGCGAGCCCGAGAAGGUCUACAGCAGCGGGGAGAAGGUGGCAGGCUGCGUGGUGGUGGAGGUGGCCGAGGUCACCCGCGUCAGUGCCGUCAAGGUGCUGGCCUGCGGCGUGGCCAAAGUCAACUGGGCCAAGGGCCCCCAGCAGUGCAAGCAGGAGAUGGAGUACCUGCGCUUCGAGGACGUCCUCACCCUGGAGGAGCAGCCCACCGAUGGGGAUGGCUCUGUAAUCCUGAGACCUGGAAACAAAUACGAAUACAAAUUUGGAUUCGAGCUUCCCCAAGGGCCUCUGGGUACCACCUUCAAGGGAAAGUAUGGCUGCGUGGACUACUGGGUGAAGGCUUUCUUGGAGCGCCCGUCCCUUCCCACUCAGGAGAUAAAGAAGCGCUUCGAGGUUAUGGAUCCUGUUGAUGUGAACACUCCAGAGUUACUGUCUCCAGUUGCUGCCAAGAAGGAGAAGAAGGUGUCCUGUAUGUUCAUUCCUGAUGGCCAUGUCUCAGUCAGUGCUCAAAUCGACAGAAAGGGAUUUUGUGAAGGUGAUGAGAUCUGCAUCAAUGCAGACUUCGAGAACACUUGCUCCCGGAUCGUGGUGCCCAAAGCAGCCAUCAUUGCCAAGCACACCUACCUGGCCAACGGGCAGACCAAGGUCUUCACCCAGAAGCUCUCCUGCGUCCGAGGCAACCACAUCAUCUCGGGCAUGUCCGAGUCCUGGCGGGGCAAAACCAUCCGUGUCAAGAAGCUCAAGCCGUCUAUCUUGGGCUGCAACAUCCUGCGCGUGGAGUAUUUCCUGCAGAUCUACGUCAGCGUCCCAGGCUCCAAAAAGAUCAUCCUUGAGCUGCCCCUCGUCAUUGGCAGCCGGUCGGGCAUUGGUAGCCGCAGCUCCAGCAUGGCCAGUCAGACCAGCUCCGAGAUGAGCUGGGUGGACUUGAACCUCCCUGAUGCUCCGGAAGCACCCCCAUGCUAUCUGGACAUUGUGCCCGAAGACCACCGCCUGGAGAGCCCCACCACUCCCCUGCUCGAUGACCCCGACAGCUUCGACAGCCCCAUCUUCAUGUACGCUCCGGAGUUCAAGUUCAUGCCACCGCCCACCUACACGGAGGUGGAUCCCUGCAUUGCUAACAACAACGUGCAGUGAGCGACACAAGGUUGCUCUCCCACUUUUUCUGGACUCUAAAUCUGCAAUGAUUUAUAUCCAGCAGCAGCACAGACCAGGCUCUUCCGAGGAGCCCUGCUGCAGGAGAGGGCCGCACGAAGGGCACACAUCACUAUAGCUCCCGGGGAGGCUCGGCUCGGCGCGUGUGGACGAGGUGACGCCUGUGAGUCUCCGUAUUCCCUCACGUGCUGACUGCCUUGACUCGUACCGAGAAAUUCUCAUGUGGCUCAGGGGUUGUUUAGGACCUUGCUUACAGCCAAAGUCUUCCAAAAAAAUAAAAAAAACCCCACAAAACACAAAGGUGCUUACGUGGAACCGGGCGGAAGAUUCUUGUGUGGAGUGGGGAAGGUGUAAACGCCUCAAACACCUCAGUUAUGAAUCCUUAGAGGCAGAUUCCAGCCUAAAGAGACCUCAAAAGAUGUCGAUGUGGCAGAAAUUACCAUCACGAUGCCUUGAAUCUGAUACACUGUCCUCAAAACCAGAUGAAUGUGACCUGUUUGUACAUGUUUGUUUCAUGUCUGAAAAGGCACCAGAGUGUGCAAAGAUUGUAACUGAACUUGUUCCUCUGAUGGGGGGGUUGUUGCUCUCGCUUAAGCUAAUGCCUUUAAUCUCAAAGCUCCCCAGCACCCAGGGCAGCGUGUCCCAUGGUGAAACUGCUGGUUGAAGCACUCGCUCUCUCCCCUCUACAGAAGGGGCUACACUGAGAAAACAACGCACAUCCAACAACCUCCGAAAGCAACAACCCUGUUAAGCAGCUUGUAGUCUAAUGAGUGCUACUUUGCAUGCUAAUCUGGUCCCAUUUGCUUGUUUAGAAUUGAAUUUGGAAGCUCAGCUCUGCAACUGAGCCAGUUUGUGUCAUGUGAUUCUCCUCAUAGUAUUUAUCUCGAGUUAAACUUUCUGAACCUCCUAACCCGUGUAAGCUAACGCUCCCAGGGCGCUGGGAAAAUCACUCUCCUGUCCUGUUCGUUGUACUCGAUUCACUUCUUCGUGUAGGUGACUGACGCACCAGCCUCCCCCCAGUCAUGGCUUCUUGGUUUCGCUGGCCUUUGCAGCACUGCUGAGGCCUUGCCAGUGGUAUCUGCACUGCGCUUCCCUGUGCAUUCCCUUUCCUGGCUCUCGGAAGGGAAGUCUCCCACCAGUACUGACCAAAGCUUCAUCUCACGGUGCCAAAUUGUCCCGUCUCAUGUGAUGUCUAGAUGCCAGGACCGGGGCUCGUGCGCACACCCCUGCCCUGAGCAGAAUCACCGAAACCAAAUCCAUGACUGGGGGCGGCUCUUGGAGGGGGGCGAGAGCGUCGCCCCCCGCCCCGGGCGCGUCGCGGCUGCCUGCUCCCCCCGCGGGAGAAAAGCACUUUCUGUGACGAGGAACCCAGCGCUGCGCGUCCAUGUCUGAUGGCUCCGGCAGGGCCGAGCUCUUACAAAUCACAACAGCUGCCUCUGACUGUUAAGACACAAAUUGAUAUUAAUGAAUUCUUUUUCUACUGUUAUUUUGUAUUUGUUUUUUGGGGGGGAGGGGGAAAAAAUCUAUAUUUUGUACCGCUGAGAUUCUAUAAACGUUUUUAAUAAAGGUUUCUAAAAUUGAA